AUGGAAAUUAGCCAUCAGGGCAGCCAGAAGGGACUAGUUCACAAUCGUCUCCAUAAAGAUGCUGAGUGGCAAUGUGCUUAUACUAUUCUGCGUGGAGCUGAUUCUGGACCCUUGCCAGAGUGGGCAAUUGGGCAAAAGUCAUCCGGGAAGGCGCUGUUUAACCUGAGUUGCAGCCAUCUAAAUCUUGCUGAAAAGGAAUAUUUUGGAUUAGAAUUCUGUAGCCAUUCUGGAAAUAAUGUCUGGUUGGAACUUCUAAAGCCCAUUACAAAGCAAGUAAAAAAUCCUAAGGAGGUUGUUUUCAAAUUUAUGGUGAAAUUUUUCCCAGUGGACCCUGGACAUCUGCGAGAAGAGCUUACAAGGUAUCUUUUUACUCUUCAAAUAAAGAAGGAUUUGGCACUAGGAAGGCUGCCAUGCAGUGACAACUGUACAGCGUUGAUGGUAUCUCACAUCUUACAAUCAGAACUGGGAGACUUCCAUGAAGAAACAGAUAGGAAACAUCUGGCACGAACCCGGUACUUACCGAACCAAGACUGUUUAGAGAGCAAGAUCAUGCACUUUCAUCAGAAGCACAUUGGCAGGAGCCCAGCUGAAUCUGACAUUCUGCUACUGGACAUAGCGAGGAAGCUGGAUAUGUACGGCAUCAGGCCUCACCCCGCCAGUGAUGGCGAAGGGAUGCAGAUCCACCUGGCUGUUGCACACAUGGGAGUACUGGUGUUACGGGGAAAUACAAAGAUCAAUACUUUCAACUGGGCUAAAAUCCGCAAAUUGAGUUUUAAGAGAAAGCAUUUUCUCAUCAAGCUUCACGCCAACCUCUUGGUGUUGUGCAAGGACACCUUGGAAUUCACCAUGGCCAGCCGAGAUGCCUGCAAGGCUUUCUGGAAGACUUGUGUGGAGUACCAUGCUUUCUUCAGACUUUCUGAAGAGCCCAAAUCAAAGCCCAAAACCCUACUCUGCAGCAAAGGUUCUAGCUUCCGCUAUAGUGGAAGAACCCAAAGGCAACUUUUGGAAUAUGGAAAAAAAGGCAGGUUGAAGAGCUUGCCAUUUGAAAGGAAACAUUAUCCAUCUCAGUACCAUGAACGACAGUGCAGGUCCUCACCAGACCUCCUCUCUGAUGUGUCAAAACAAGUGGAAGAUUUGAGACUAGCAUAUGGCAGUGGGUACUAUCGAAACGUGAGUGGAGUGCACGCAUCUGAGCCUGUGCUAGACAGUAGGAGGAGAAACUCUGCAGUGGAAGUGACGUUUGCAGCCAAGCUGGAGCGGUCCAAACCAGAGGCAGAUCCCACACCAUUACAUCAGUCCCAAAGCAGUUCCUCUUUCUCUUUUAUUUAUACAGACCCUGUCUUUAGCACUGACCCCGAUCCUGACACUGAUCCCAGAGACUACUUGGAGGAAAGGAGUCCUCUAAGCUCCUUCCAAACAAGCUGUAAGUUUGCUGACAAUCACAUGAGCACAUCUUCUGGCCUGACAAGCAAAGUGACUCCAGCAAGGCAGCUAACUUACACAGAUGUGCCCUAUAUCCCUUGUACUGGUCAGCAGGUUGAUAUUAUGCCUCCUCAAGUCUUUUUUUAUGUGGACAGACCAUCCCAGGUGCCCCGAAGGUCUCCAAUCAUGGCAGAGGAAAGGGAAAGGCCAGACAGGUGUCUAGAGCCCACUGCAAUGAAGCCAGCCAAAAAAAGCCCAAGGAAUAUCAGAAUGAAGAGCUUUCAGCAAGACUUUCAAGAACUCCAAGAAGCUAUGGCCAGGACUAGUGGUAGAAGCAACAUCAAUGUAGAUCUAGAAGAGGAAGACCCAAAUUUAGAAGAUGCAUUUGCAUAUAACAUUCAAGAGCAAACCCCUAAACGAUCCCAGAGCCAAUCAGACAUGAAAACUAUCCGUUUUCCUUUUGGGUCAGAAUUUAGACCCUUAGGGCCUUGUCCUGCUCUGAGUCGUAAAGCUGACCUGUUUACGUAUAUGUUUGCAGAGCAAGAGUUUCCAACAGUUCCAAUGGAUCAAGGAGCAGCAGAAAGAUAUGUAGCUAGUGAAUCCAGUGAUUCUGAAUCAGAGAUUCUUAAACCAGACUACUACUCUUUGUAUGGCAAAGGAAUAAGGUCACCCAGGGCCAGAAUCCGCUUGUCUUCUGGUAGUCUACAGCUAGAUGAAGAAGAUGAAGAUGUUUCUUUCAAUACACCAACUGCUGAAGACAGGACUUUGCCAAAACCAUGUAAUUACUUUUUAACUUAAAGGUGUGAACUCUGUGAACAUUUCUGGGCCAGUUCCACAUUACCAACUUAGGUAAAAAAAAUAAGG